ACUACAGCCGGCGCCUCUCAGCCCUCAACUGUGGGCUGGAACGUGGGAAAAGUUCCCACGAUGGAUCUGCGGAGAAUCUGGCACUCCGGGAUCUCAGGCAGGCGGAGGAAACCUCGCGAGAAGGUGCGGGACCUAAGACCCAGGCCAGUUUCCGGGGCCGGAAACGCUCCGGUCCGCCCGGAAGUAGUGUUUAUUCGGUGCACGUGGGCUGCAGAAUGGCGGCUCACCGCUCCGGCCCGCUGAAGCAGCAGAAUAAAGCUCAUAAAGGCGGGCGGCACCACGGUGGUGGGUCUGCACAACGGGACAGUAAAGGCCGUGUAGGACCGAAGAUCCUGAGCAAGAAGCUGAAGAAGCAGCUCAGCCGAGUAGACCAGAGGCAUCGCGCCACCCAGCUCCGAAAGCAGAAAAGGGAGGCGGUUCUGGCAGAGAAGAGGCAGCUGGGCAGCAAGGAUGGGCCUCCUCAUCAGGUGCUGGUGGUACCUCUGCACACCAGCAUUUCCCUUCCAGAGGCAUUUACACUGCUUCAGAAUGAAGCCUUGGGGACAGUGUACUUGAACGACUGGGGGAACACCCACAGCUUUAUGCUUCUGUGUCCCGGUUUGAAACAUCGAUGGUUUUUCACAUGUGCCAGACCAGGGGAUCUGCAUACUGUAUUAGACAUGGCAAAAGUUGCUGAUACCAUUCUGUUCCUCCUGGACCCGCUAGAAGGCUGGGACAGUACUGGGGAUUACUGUCUGUCUUGUCUGUUUGCUCAGGGCCUUCCCACCUAUACACUAGCUGUCCAGGGGCUUUCUGGUCUUCCACCAAAGAAACAGAUAGAUGCCAGAAAAAAGCUCAGUAAAACAGCGGAGAAACGCUUUCCUGAAGACAGAGUCCUGUCCCUAGACACCCAGCAGGAAGUAGGAAUGCUGCUUAGACAGUUGGCUAACCAGAAGCAACGACAUCUUGCUUUUCGAGAGCGGCGAGCUUAUUUGUUUGCCCAUGUUGCUGACUUCAUGCCAAGUGAGGAAAACAGCUCUGUGGGCACCUUGAAAAUCUCAGGCUAUGUUCGAGGGAGGGCUCUGAAUGUAAAUAGCUUGCUGCAUAUUGUUGGACAUGGUGAUUUCCAAAUGAAUCAGAUAGAUGCGCCUGUGGACCCUUUCCCGUUAAAUCCUAGAGUGAAUAAAUCCCAGAAGAAACCAAGCAUGACAAUGGAGAUUUGUGUUACAGAUGCUGCAGAUGACAUGGAAGAAGACCUUAAAGUUCUGAUGAAGGCAGACCCUGACCAGCAGGAGACUUUACAAACAGAGGUUGUUCCAGAUCCCAUGGAAGGGGAGCAAACCUGGCCCACGGAAGAGGAGCUGGAUGAGGCAAACGACUUACUGAAGCAGCCGCCCAGGGUGGUGAAGAAGGUCCCUAAGGGAACAUCCACUUACCAAGCUGAGUGGAUUGUGGAUGAAGGGGAUGAAAGCGGUGGGGACGGCAAUGAAUAUGAUGACGUACAACAUGAAGGCUUUAUGGAGGAGGAGUCUCAGGAUGGGAGUGGUGAGGAGGAGGAGGAGGAGUGUGAGACUAUGACUCUAGGGGAGUCUGUGCGUGACGACCUGUAUGAUGAGAAGGUUGAUGACGAGGCCGAGGAGAGGAUGUUGGAGAAGUAUAAACAGGAGCGACUAGAAGAAAUGUUUCCAGAUGAGAUGGACACCCCCCGCGACGUGGCUGCCAGAAUCCGAUUUCAGAAAUAUAGAGGCCUCAAGAGCUUCCGGACGUCUCCUUGGGACCCUAAGGAGAACCUUCCUAGAGAUUAUGCUCGGAUCUUCCAGUUUCAGAAUUUCAUUAAUACUAGGAAAAGAAUUUUUAAAGAGAUUGAGGGAAAAGAAGUUGAAGGAGCUGAGGUUGGCUGGUAUGUCACACUUCAUGUCUCUGAUGUUCCUGUCUCAGUGAUUGAGUAUUUCAGGCAAGGAGCACCUUUGAUUGCAUUUUCUUUGCUACCUUAUGAACAGAAGAUGUCAGUGUUGAACAUGGUGGUGAGCCGGAACCCUGGCAACACGGAACCCGUGAAGGCCAAAGAAGAGCUGAUCUUCCAUUGUGGAUUCAGGCGCUUCCGCGCCUCGCCUUUAUUCUCCCAGCACACAGCGGCUGAUAAACACAAAUUUCAGAGAUUCCUGACUGCUGAUGCGGCCUUAGUGGCGACAGUGUUUGCACCAAUCACUUUUCCUCCUGCGUCUGUGCUGCUUUUCAAGCAGAGAAGCAAUGGAAUGCAUAGCCUUAUUGCUACAGGCCAUCUGUUAUCAGUGGAUCCAGACAGGAUGGUCAUCAAGAGAGUUGUUCUGAGUGGUCAUCCUUUCAAGAUCUUCACUAAGAUGGCAGUAGUGCGUUACAUGUUCUUCAACAGAGAGGAUGUGAUGUGGUUUAAGCCUGUGGAACUGAGAACCAAGUGGGGCCGCAGGGGACACAUCAAGGAGCCUCUAGGUACCCAUGGCCAUAUGAAGUGUAGUUUUGAUGGGAAGCUAAAAUCUCAGGAUACAGUAUUAAUGAAUCUCUAUAAGCGAGUUUUCCCCAAAUGGACUUACGAUCCCUAUGUACCAGAACCAGUACCUUGGGUGAAAAGUGAGAUCUCUUCAGCAGUGUCUGAAGUGGACAUGGAGUAAUGGAUUCUGUGGGGUUCUGUCUCUCCUACAGCCAGGACUCCAGCAUGGAGUCUGUGGGUUGUGACUAGGCAAUUUGUGCUUUCUAUUUCAGCG